CGGGGCGGUGGUUCCGGAGCCGCCGCUGCCGUGAGGGCUGUGCGGGAGGAGAGGGGAAGAGAGGGGCUCCGCCGCCUCCGCCGCCGCCCCUUCCGCCGCCUCCUCCCUUCUGCUCGGCGGAGAGGAGGCCGCCAUGCACCCUGUGUUCCAGAGCAGCCGGCGCGACUUCACCUUUGGGCCGUGGAAGCUGAGCGCCGCCCGGACGCACAUCAUGAAGUCGGCGCAGGCCGAGAGGUUGGCUGAGGAAUUGCACAUGCCUUCCCUGCCAGAGAUGAUGUUUGGAGACAAUGUCCUAAGAAUACAGCAUGACCAUGGUUUUGGAAUUGAGUUCAAUGCUACAGAUGCUUUAAAAUGUGUCAAUAAUUGUCAAGGUAUGAUCAAAGUCGCUUGUGCAGAAGAAUGGCAAGAGAGCAGGAGUGAGACUGAGCACAGUAAGGAAGUUGUCAAGCCAUAUGACUGGACUUACACAACAGAUUACAAAGGAACUUUGCUGGGAGAUACUGCAACAUUAAAGGUUGUUCCUACAACAGAACACAUAAAUACAGAGAAAUUGAAAGCCAGGGAACAAAUUAUGUUUUUUGAAGAGGUACUCCUGUUUGAAGAUGAACUUCAUGAUCAUGGAGUAUCAAGUUUGAGUGUGAAAGUAAGAGUUAUGCCUUCCAGCUUUUUUGUGCUGCUGAGGUUCUUUUUGCGAGUGGAUGGGGUACUCAUCAGGAUGAAUGAUACAAGGCUUCAUCAUGAGGCUGACAAGACCUACAUGUUGCGAGAAUACACAUCCAGGGAAAGCAAAAUAUCAAGUUUAAAGAACUGUUCAGCUGCAAAAUCAGGUACUCCACAUCCCAUGAUGUUAAAUUUCAUGGCUGGUUGUGUGCUUGCAAGCAGUAUUAAGGGUUAAGGUCUGUUUGGUAAUAGACUCUUUCAGUUUUUCUCAAAUGUUUGAGGUUAAUAGGUCACCUUAAAACUCUAGUAAUGGCUCAGAAUAAUUUGUGGCACAUUUGGAGUUGCAGCUGUUGAUUUUUAUUCAUGACAAAUGCCUGACCUUCCAUUUCUUGUACCUUUCCUUCUCCCUUAUUUUUCCCUUGCCUCUAAAAAGUUUGUCUCUAGUGGUGUUUACAUGCAGUAAAUUAUAAAUUAAUUGUCUAUGAAAGUUUGGGGUUUGAAUACAUUUUCUUAU